AAUCCCACGGCCUUCAUGUAAAUGAGGCUCUGAGAGCGAGCCUACCACCGCCCAGCAGCGUUUUGAUUCAUUGUUAAAAUGUAAAGGCCGUGACCCUGGUACUCGCACCCCGCAGCCCCAGUGCGUGGAAACCCGAGCCCAGGGAAAUGAAUGGCGUUCUCUGUCCAAGGCGGCCCUCCUUUAUGUGGACCAACCGGGAAAGAACCGCCCAGGUGGUGCGGAGCAUCUGUCCACCGUUGGCCACAGGGAGCGAGGCGGGGAGAUGACUGCCCCGUGAAGAUCCGAGGCUCCUAUGCCACGGGCGGGCUAGUGGGUGCCCCACCCUGUCCCCUCUGCGGUCCUCUCUCCUGGGGAGGAGAUGGAGCCUUCCCCUGCUGCCCCCGUGGAGACAUGAAAUUCCACAGCUCUCAGCUGAGAUUGACAACCAAGGCCUGAUCCCUUGGGAGCUUUGGAGGAAAGUCACCAGGUCCGGCCCCUUCUAGAAGGUCAGCCAGUGGCUCACAGGAGCUGCCCUGGCCUGGCUCACCCAACAUGGAGCAUGAGGCUGAGGAGGUCUCCUGGGAACCCUUCGAGGCCAAUAUGCUUACCCAGAGCUGCUGUCAAAACUGCCUCCACCCUGAGGAGGCCCAUGGAGCAAGACACCAGGAGCUGGGGAGCCCUUCCAGUGCUGAGGCGCCCUACUGCGACCUGCCCCGCUGCCCACCAGCCCCUGAGGACCUGCUCGGCGCCUCCACCUCCGAUUGCCAGGGGCCCAAGAGGGGCCUGUCCCUGACAGCAGGGCUUCCUGAGGAGGACCCCACAGCUGCCCCCAGGAGCAGGCACCAGGAGCUGGAGGCAGUGCCCUAUCUGGAGGGCCUGGCCCCCUCCCCGAGUGGCAGCUGCUACGAGGACCCCAACUCUGACACCAGCUGCAGCCCUGGCACUUCCACCCAUGACACCGGCAGGUCGUCCUCUGUGGACUGCGACACUGUGGAGAGGUGGGCGGAAGUCCCCAGCUGGGACCUGCUCGCGAUGAUCCCGCAGAGGCCCCAGGAGGGGCAAAGAGCCGAAGGUGCCCGAAGGGCCACCAGGUCCCCUACAAGAGGAGACACUGCAGGCCAGAAAAAGGAUGAUUCGGGCGCUGGGAGCCGCUGUGCCGCACAGCACUGGGCCAAGCUCCGGGGAGAAGGCCGGUACUUCUCCUUGGAGCGACAGCACUCAGCCCCUGCCCAGGCUUCCUCUGCGACACCACAGCACAGACCUCACAGCGCCACCACCCAGGCCUCUGCUCAGGCUGCUUCAGCACAGCGCGAAGCCCCCCGGGCCUCCUCCCCCCACCGAGUCGCUCAGAAGGACAGCCCUAGGCCCUCUUCCACCCAGCAGGACGCCCCCAGGGCCUCCCUCACCCAGCGGAAUACCCAGGCGACGUCAUUGCCCGCCAGAGUGAGCCCGCGGGCUAGCCCCGGAACCUCAUCCACCCAAGGACACCGUCCUCAACCGUCCUCUCCCCUCAGAGCUGCCCAGGAAGACAACCUCGGAACCUCUGCUCAACAGGACAGCCCACAGUCCUCAGUUCCCACUUCUCAGCGGGAGACCCCCAGGACAUCCUGUGCCCAGCGGGACAACCCCAGAGCCUCCUCCCCGAGCAGAGCCACCCAGCGGGACAACCCCAGAGCAUCUUCCCCCAGCAGAACCACCCAGAGGGACACCCCCAGAACCUCCUGUGCUCAGCGGAACAACCCCAGAACUUCCUCCCCGAGCAGAGCCACCCAGAGGGACACCCCCAGAGCAUCCUCCCCCAACAGAACCACCCAGCGGGACAACCCCAGAGCCUCCUGUGCUCAGCGGGACAACCCCAGAACUUCUCCCAACAAAGCCACCCAGAGGGACAACUCCAGAACUUCCUGUGCCCAACGGGACAAUCCCAGAGCUUCUUCUCCCAACAGAACCACCCAGAAGGAAAGCUCUAGAACCUUCUGUGCCCAAUGGGACAACCCCAGAACCUCCUCCCCCAGCAGAACUACCCAGAGGGACACCCCCAGAACCUCCUCUGUCCAACAAAUCGCCCCCAGAACCUCUCCUGCCCAACAAGCCAACCCUAAAGCCUCCUGUACCAGGUGGGAGCACCUCAGGAGCACCUGCACCCAGCGGGACUCCCCACAUUCCUCCUUCGUUCAGCGGGACGGCCCUGGGACUCCCGGCUUUCAGACCAGUAUCCCAAAGGACAACCCUGGACCACCAUCUCCCUGCCGCUCCACCCAAAGAAACAGCCCCAGGAAUCCUUCUCCCCACCGCACCAACAGAGACAUCCCCUGGGCUUCCUUCCCACUCCGGCCAACUCAGAGUGACGGCCCCCGAUCCUCUUCUCCAUCCCGCUCCAAGCCAAGUGAGGUGCCCUGGGCAUCCGUGUCCCUCCGGCCAACCCAAGGUGACAGGCCUCAGACCUCCUCUCCCUCCAGACCAGCCCAGCGGGACCCACCCCAGACUUCUGCUGGCCCCUCCCAGCACACCUUGCCCUCAGGGGCCACCUCUUCUACCCACAAUCCUGGCCACCUCAGUGCCUGGCGCAUGUCCUCGCCUCUGUACCCUGGGGCCCGUGGGGCACCCCAGUUCUCUUCCGGGCCCUUCCAGCCAACGUGUGCCGUGUGCAUAGGACACCGCGAUGCCCCUCGAGCCUCUUCACCGCCCCGCUAUUUGCAGCAUGACCCCUUCCCCUUCUUCCCAGACCCCCAAGCCUCUGAGAUCGAGUUGCCCCACCAUGACCCGCCCCACCUGCCACCGGCUGUGUGCAUUGGCCACCGCGAUGCCCCCUGGGCAUCCUCGCCCCCUCGCCACGCCCAGUACGACCCCUUCCCCUUCCUCCCAGACACAUCAGAUACCGAAAACGAGAACGAGCCCCCGCACCACGACCCUCCUCAGUUGCCCCCACCCGUGUGCAUUGGGCACCGGGAUGCGCCUCGGGCCUCCUCCCCGCCGCGCCACUUCCCGGAGCCCUCCUUCCUGCUCCAGGAUUACCCCAGGGCCAGCACCGAGAGCCUCGUCCCUUCCACGGACUCUCUGCCCGAGCCCCCGCACAGGCCCGCCCCCGUGUGCAUCGGGCAUCGGGAUGCCCCCUCCUUCUCCUCGCCGCCGCGCCAGGCCCCCGAGCCCUCCCUGUGCUUCCAGGACCCCCCGGGGGCUAGUAUGGAGAGUCUGGCCCCCUCCACCGACUCCCUGCGCGGCUCCCCCCUGCUGCCCCCACAAGUGUGCAUUGGCCACCGAGAUGCACCCCGAGCGUCCUCCCCUCCCCGACACCCGCCCAGCGACCUGGCGCUCCUAGCGCCUUCACCUCCCCCUGGCAGCUCAGGGGGCUCCCGAGGCUCGGCAGCCCCCUGGGAAAUCAGGCACAAUUUGGAAAGGGAGGAGUACACCGUGCUGGCUGACCUGCCCCCGCCCAGGAGGCUGGCCCAGAGGGAGCCAGGACCCCAGGUACAGGGCAGCGACGGGGGCCGCACCCGCAGCCCUGGCCGCGCAGAGGUGGAGCGCCUCUUCGGGCAGGAGCGCAGGAAGUCCGAGGCACCAGGGCCCUUCCAGGCUCGGGAUGAGGGAUGGUCGCAGCGGCCCAGCCAAGGUCCAAGCCAGCUUCACCGAAGACAUUCCAGCCCCAUCCCCAGCAGGCAGGUGACCAAGCUCCCUGCCAAGCAGCCAGAGCCAGCCGCCCGUCGGAGCAGAGCAGAGGCCCCUGGGUCCAGGAGUCUUGAGAGGCGACUCCAGGCCCCCUCACCGCCCUCCAGGACACCAGCCGGACCCCCUGAGAGGGAGCCGCGCACUGAGAGACCUGCUAAAGGAAGCCGAGCCGCCUCCCAGCAGCCGCUGAGGGGGUGGCAGAGUCAGGAGGAGCUUACGGGGCCCCAGGGCUCUCACAGACACUCGGAAAGAAGUUGGAGCCACCACGAGAAAGGCCCGGGGCCUGAGGGCUGGCCAGGACUUGGGGAGCCCAGCCCGGGGGCUGCCAGAAGCCUGGAGGGAACAUGGAGGGACCUUCCCAGGGAGUACAGGGACGGCUGGGGGCAGUCAGAGGCCUGGAAGGAGGAGCCCCCCAGUAAUGGGCUUCAGGACCCCCUCCAGGAGCCGGCCCAGGGGGGCUGGGGCAGCCUGCAGGAGCUGUCCAGUCCCCAGCAGCCUGUGACUCCCCCAGAGAGUUCCUGGGCAGGCCCCGAAGACUUCUCACACCCUCCGCAGCCAGGGACACCCACUGCCCUGGGCUGGAGGGGAGAGGGAGCAUGCCCACACCUUCCCGGCCCCGAGAAGCCGCCUGACCUCGACUGGAGGGACUUGCUGGGCCUCCUCCGGGCACCUGGGGAGGGGGCCUGGGCCCGACUCCCAAGGCUGGACUGGGAAGGUCUCCUGGAGCUCUUGCAGGCCCGGCUGCCCCACAAGGACCCAGCCAGACACGGGGGUGACCCUGCCAGGACUUCAGGACCAGAGCUGGUCCCCCCGGGCACAAAAGAUGCCCCAGAGCCAGAGCGACACAGCCAACCCAAAGACUGGAUGGAGGCCACUCGAGUGAAUGGACAUAUCCCCGGGCAGCGGCCCCAGAGCCCGGCCCAGCCACCUUGCCCUGCCUGCACCUCCACCUCCACCCAGUGGCCAAAGACCAAAGUGACAAGUGACCUAGAGAUCUCAACUCUGGAGCAGAUAGGCCACCUGGGGAGCAGCAGCCCCCCAGUGCUGGAGCACCCGGAUGAGGAAGGCGCGAGUCUGGAGGAGAAGGACUCCGAGGCCCCGCCUUGUCCACAGUUCCAACCAGAGGAGCGUGAGGCAUCAGAACCAGGCAAAGGCCAAGAUUUACUGACUGACCAGAAGCAGGCAGACCCGGCAGACAAGAGGCCAGCAGAGGGCAAGGCUGGGAGCCCACUCAAGGGCCGACUGGUGACCUCAUGGCGGAUGCCCGGGGACCGACCCACGCUGUUCAAUCCGUUCCUGCUGUCUCUGGGGGUCCUCAGGUGGCAAAGGCCCGACCUGCUCAACUUCAAGAAGGGAUGGAUGUCGAUCUUGGAUGAGCCUGGAGAGUGGAGGAAGCACUGGUUCGUGCUGACAGAUUCAAGCCUCAAGUAUUACAGGGACUCCACAGCAGAAGAGGCAGAUGAGCUGGACGGCGAGAUCGACCUGCGCUCCUGCACGGACGUCACGGAGUACGCGGUGCAGCGCAACUAUGGCUUCCAGAUCCACACCAAGGAUGCUGUCUAUACCUUGUCGGCCAUGACCUCAGGUAUCCGGCGGAACUGGAUCGAGGCUCUGAGGAAGACUGUGCGUCCAACUUCAGCGCCAGAUGUCACCAAGCUCUCGGAGUGCAAUAAAGAGAACACGCUGCACGGCUAUGGCUCCCAGAAGGGCUCCCUGAAGGCUGGGGAGCAGCGGGCCGGCCCCCGGAAGGCGGAUGGGCCUCGGCAGGCCCUGGACUAUGUGGAGCUGUCCCCGUUGACUCAGGGCUCCCCGCAGCGGGCCCGCGCUCCCGACCGCCCGGCCAAGCAGGAGGAGCUGGAGCGGGACCUGGCCCAGCGCUCGGAGGAGCGCCGCAAGUGGUUUGAGGACAGCCGGGCCCCCGAGGUGCCCGCCGGCGAGGGGCCGCGCAGGAGCCUGGGCGCCCCGCUGACGGAGGACCAGCAGAGCCGGCUCAGCGAGGAGAUCGAGAAGAAGUGGCAGGAGCUGGAGAAGCUGCCCCUGCGGGACAACAAGCGGGUGCCGCUCACCGCCCUGCUCAACCAGAGCCGAGGCGAGCGCCGCCCGAGCGACAGCCACCACGAGGCCCUGGAGAAGGAGGUCCAGUCUCUUCGAGCCCAGCUGGAGGCGUGGCGCCUCCGAGGGGAGACCCCUCAGAAUGCAUGCAGGUCCCAGGAGGAUGGCCACGUCCCCCCAGGCUACAUCUCCCAGGAGGCCUGCGAGCGCAGCCUGGCGGAGAUGGAGUCCUCGCACCAGCAGGUGAUGGAGCAGCUGCAGCGGCACCAUGAGCGCGAGCUGCAGCGGCUGCAGCAGGAGAAGGAGUGGCUGCUGGCCGAGGAGACGGCGGCCACGGCCUCAGCCAUCGAAGCCAUGAAGAAGGCCUACCAGGAGGAGCUGAGCCGCGAGCUGAGCAAGACGCGCAGCCUGCAGCAGGGCCCAGACGGCCUCCGGAAGCAGCACCAGUCGGACGUGGAGGCUCUGAAGCGGGAGCUGCAGGUGCUGUCGGAGCGCUACUCGCAGAAGUGCCUGGAGAUCGGGGCGCUGACGCGGCAGGCCGAGGAGCGCGAGGACACCCUGCGCCGCUGCCAGCAGGAGGGCCAGGAGCUGCUGCGCCACAACCAGGAGCUGCACACCCGCCUGUCGGAGGAGAUCGACCGGCUGCGCAGCUUCAUCGCCUCCCAGGGCACCGGCAACAGCUGCGGGCGCCCCGAGCGGAGCUCCUGUGAGCUGGAGGUGCUGCUGCGAGUGAAGGAGAAUGAGCUCCAGUACCUGAAGAAGGAGGUGCAGUGUCUGCGGGACGAGCUCCAGGGGAUGCAGAAGGACAAGCGCUUCACCUCCGGAAAGUACCAGGACGUGUACGUGGAGCUGAACCACAUCAAGACGCGGUCAGAGCGGGAGAUUGAGCAGCUGAAGGAGCACCUGCGCCUGGCCAUGGCCGCCCUGCAGGAGAAGGAGUCCACGCGCAACAGCCUGGCGCAGUAGAGUCCUCCUGGUCCAGUCCAGCUGCAGACCCUCCAGCCCAAGGGACCAAUAGCCCUCUUUCCCUGAUGGAUGGAGUCAGAAGCCAAGCUUUCUCGCCACCUGUGGGCCGCGCAUGCACGUGUACACACACACACACACACACACACACACACACACACACACGUGCACACUCUGCGGAUCUGAGCGCGCCCUGCACUGGGUCUUACCUGGCACCUUCUUCAGGAUUUUAUAUGUGAAGAGAUUUUUAUAUAGUUUUUUUCUUGCAGAACACUUUAUACUUUUUAAAAAGCAAUUCCUGGUGGUGUGUGCCCCGGCACUGAGUCCCCUGUGUCUAGUCCCCUGCUGGGGCGUCGGCUGUGGCCCUGCCCGGGGUCACAGAGGAGGCCCAGGCAGCAGCCAGGCAGGUGGCCCUGGUGAGGAGAGGCGCGAGCCAGCACCCUCCUCCUGCCUACCUCCCACUAACUACUUCCUGCCCUGGGUGGACCCACACCCGGGACUCUGGACAGAGGGACCGAGGGAGCCAGCAGCUGCCCCACGGCCCACCUCCUCCUCCAAGGGGUGCUGGGCAUGGAAACGCUGGCGCCACCCAUGAGGCGCUUCUCUCCUGCUCUGUGAACCUCCUUAACUUAAUAAAACGUUCCAGCAAC